AAAGUUUUAGUUGGCGUGGCAAUAUCAUCCAAGAAAAAAGAAAACAAUAUACAAGCUAUCUACCACUUUUUUUCUGUCAUUUAUGGCUUUCCAUUAAAUGUGAAGCGGAGCACGUGAGAGGAUCUUGGUGACUCUAUAAGAGGUGGCUAUUCAUCUUCUUCCCAAACCACCGUUCCUAUUUCCACAGUUGGCCAUGGAAGAUAACAACAAGGCUUCAUCUCCUGCUUCAACAACCGAAGGAAAACCAAUACGAUGCAAAGCUGCAGUUGCUAGAAAAGCUCGUGAGCCAUUGGUGAUUGAAGAGAUAACUGUGGCGCCACCAUUGCCCAGUGAGGUGCGGAUUCGUGUUAUCUGUUCCUCUCUCUGCCACAGUGACCUCACUUUUCGGAACCUCCAGGUUCCUCCUGCCAUUUUUCCAAGGAUUCUGGGUCAUGAGGCAUCUGGGGUUGUGGAAAGUGUAGGGAAGGAUGUAACUGAAGUUAGAAAAGGUGAUGUGGUUAUUACAGUUUUCUUACCAGAAUGUGGGGAAUGCAUAGAUUGCAAAUCAAGCAAGAGCAAUCGUUGUUCUAUUUUCCCUUUCAAGGUGUCUCCCUGGAUGCCUCGAGAUGGUACCUCUAGAUUCACCGACAAGAAUGGAGACAUCAUAAGCCAUUUUCUGUUUAUUUCAAGCUUCAGUGAGUACACUGUGGUCGACAUUGCCAAUAUUAUCAAGAUUGAUCCACAAAUUCCUCCUGACAGGGCAUGCCUUCUUGGAUGUGGUGUUUCAACAGGGGUAGGUGCUGCUUGGAGAACCGCUGGUGUGGAAGCAGGGUCUACAGUAGCCAUAUUUGGGCUGGGGUCUAUUGGAUUAGCAGUUGCAGAGGGAGCAAGACUUUGUGGAGCAACUAAGAUUAUAGGUGUUGACGUCAAUCCAGAAAAAUUUGAAAUUGGAAAAAAGUUUGGAGUCACAGAUUUUGUCCAUGCCGGAGAAUGUGGGGACAAACCUGUGAGCCAGGUCUAACCUUUAUGCAAACAC